ACCAGCCAGCAGAGACGAGGUCAGCCACUGCUGCUCCCUAAAGGCCUCCAGGAUGGUUUGCGGCGGCGGACAGCGGGCCCUUGGCGUGACUCCCAUGAUCCUCCUGGUUCUGUGUCUUCAUCUCCCAGGCUUGGCUUCCAAGUGCAUCCUACGGCUGGAGGAGCCAGCACUGGAACCGCUGCCAGUUGCCAUGGACCCCUACAUGCAGCCGGCGGGGAUCCUGCAGCCCCAGGUCCGCCCGCAGGGGCAGGGGAUUGGUAAUGAGCCUGGGGCAUACGGAGGAACGGUUUCUGGAUCGUAUGGAGGACCCGGGCCCGGAUCAUACGGGAUAGAUGGGCCCGGGGCCUCUGCAGGAACUGGGGCCGGAUCCUACGGAGGAACUGGAUGUGCAUCAAACGAAGCAGCCGGAACUGGGUCAUAUGAACAACCUGGGCCCGGAUCGUAUGGAAUAAAUGGCCCCGGAGCCUAUGAAGGAGGCUCAGUGGGGGGUUCCCCACCACAGUAUGGGAUGCCGGGUGCUGGCUAUGGGGUUGGCUCUGUCAGUCCGUCCGGGCACAUGCGGCCCAUCUAUAAGGACCCCAGCAUCCCCUUCGUGCCAGGUGUCCACGACGAGGCCAGAACCGCAGGGCACAUACGGGUCCCCUAUAGGGGCCCGGUGAGCUAUGCCGGGAAUGCCCAGCCGGGGCAGGGGGCAGGUGGGUUCCUGCGCCCAAAGUACAAGGACCCCAGCAUCCCCUAUGUGCCGAGCCUCUCAGAGCUGCCCAACCAUGCUGGACACAGGGUGUCGUCCAUGCCAGUGGGGGUCUCCAUUGACAAUGCUGUUGUAGGGGGAGCUGGAACAGGAGAUGUGUCCAUGCCAGGCUCUUCCAAUCUCACGCUGCCCGAUGGCCCUUAGUCCACAGGGCGUGAGGAGCGAGCUGGUGAGGGUUAGCAGCUAAGGCAGGAGGAGGGCAGAAUGCCUGGGUUCUGUCCCCAGCUCUGGGGGGUAUGGUUUAGGUGUGAGAGCAAGGGAACGGGACUCAGGACUCCUGGGUUCUAUCCCCAGCUGCAGGAAAAGAGUGGGGUCUAGUGGUUAGAGUGGGAGGCGGGUCAGGACUCCUGGGUUCUAUCCCCAGCUCUUGGCGUGGAGUGGGGGUCUAGUUAUUGGAGCAAGAGAAUGGGGGCUUCUAUCCCAGAUCUGGGGGGAAUGGGGUCUAGUGGUUAGAGCAGGGUGGGACUGGGGAUCAGGACUCCUGGGUUCUGUCCUGGUUCUAUGAGUAGGGUCGAGUGGUUAGAGUGGGAGGAGGAAUAGGGGCCAGGACUGCUGGGUUCAAUCCCAGCUCUGUGAGGGGAGUGGGGUCUAGUAGUUAGAGCAGGGUGGGGGUGGGGGAUGGGAGUCUGUACUCAUGGGUUCUAUCCCCCACUCUCCUGUCAUCUUAUCACAUGCCCCUGACUGGGCCACUCCAUCGCUUUGUGCCUCAGUUUCCCUGUUGUGUUCCAAAACCUUUUGCUCAGGGCUUAGCUGUGGAUGGGGGUAAGUGCUUAUAGCCCUCCCUGUGUAAAUUCCCCACCCCCAUAUCUCCCCCCACCCAGCCUGGGUCGCUUCACCCCUCCCCCCAACCGCGUCUCCUUCCCAUAUGGUCUGUGAUCUCAGGGCCUCUGUAUUGCUGGGAUGCCUGGAUGGGGGUGAGGAGGAUGGCUGUCUCUCUCUC